UCCGCCGCCUCCUCGGCCUCCUCUCACCAUUCUCUCGCAGCCACACCCUCCCUCCCUCCCUCUCGAUCCCUCCAUCCCCAUCCAUCUCUCGCACGCGUGCAGCUGCGGGGCUGUCGCUCUGUGCGUUGGUUCGUUUGUGCGUGCGUGUUUCUUCCCGUCGGGCACCCGCACCAUCAGCAACACAAAAGGGUGGAAGCAGCGGGAGCUGGUGUGUUCCUAAGGAGGAGGCGCGUUUAAACGGAGGAAAAAAAGAAAGAAGACGGCAGGGAAAGUUCCAGCCCUUCAAACGACUGUUUGGGAGGAAGAAGAAGGAGCGACAGGCGAAAGGGGGCUUUGAUGGAACAGAGCUGAAGACAAGUGUUUCUACAGGCGAAGUGUGCAAUGGCGUAGUAUCUGACGAUGAGGAGUCCAAUCAAAAUCUGAGGGAGUUGAAUCCCAUCGGAUCUCGUGCUCUCUCCCACGACAGCAUCUUUAUUCCAGAAGAGCCGGCAACGGAGCCCAUUCUGGAUUGCAGCAUGUCACAGGAAAACGUCUCGGAUAAAGUACGGAAUCUGCAGAAGCAGAUAGCACAAGGUAUAAAGUUUGGCCAGAGGCCGCCUUCACUGAGGAGGAGUGAGGGAGAUGAGGGAAGUUCAGAUGAGGAAGAGGUUCCCAGGAGCCCCCUGAAGGUGCUGGCCCAGGUAGAAGCGGAACCGCCAAAAACAGAACCACAGCAGGCGCAAGGAACCCACACUCACAGCACCCCAGUGAAGUCCCCAAGAUCCAAACGAGUUCUUCCGCCCACUGGUACGAUUGAGUCCAUCAAUCUGGACUCUGUCCCACAGUCCGCUCCUCGCUUGGACAAUGCAGCUGCCAAGCAUAAACUCUCUGUCAAACCAAAAAACCAGAGAAUUUCCCGCAAACAUAGACGAUUCACGCAGGACCUACAAGAGGUCUCCAUCCCUGGCAUGGUCCAAGAGGACCUUGAGACAGCUGGGGUCUCCGGUGAUGACCAGCGCAGGGCAUCUGUUGACUCCUUACUAAGCUUCAAGAAGCAGCGCCUCCAUGAGGAGGAAAGACAGGAGGCAAAGAGGAGGAAGGAGCUGGAAGAGCAGAGGCUCAGAGAGGAGGAUGACGAGAGGAGGAAAAGGGCAGAGGAGAUGAGGCUGCGCGAACUGGAGGAGGAAAAGGAGAGGUGUCGCCAACAGAAGGAGGAGGAAGAGAGACUGAUUCGAGAGGAGGCAGAGAGAAAGAAGAGAGAGGAGGAGGAGGAGAGGAGGAUUAGACUAGAGGAAGAGAGGAGGCAGAGGGAGGAGCAAGAGAGAAUGCAGAGGGAGGAAGAGGCAAGGAGGAUGCGGGAAGAAGAGGAACGUCUACAACGUGAGGAGGAGGAGAGAAGGCACCUGGAAGAGCAGAGGAGGAAAGAGGAUGAGGAAAGGAGCAAACGAGAGGAGGAAGAACAGGCUGAAAGGAAGAGGAAGCUGAAAGAAGAAGAGGAGGAAAGAAAGAGGAAAGAGGAAGAGAUUGAGCAAAAGAAAAAAAUGGAAGCAGAGGAGAGGAGGAGAAAGGAGGAGGAAGAGCAGAGGAGAUUAUUAGAGGAGGCUGAUGGAGGUUCAGAUCCAAUGGAGAGGAAGAGGAGAGCAGAGGAGCUGCGCUGGAGGGAGAUGGAGGAAAGACAGAGGCCUUUCUCUUUCAAGGUUUCUUCUGGAGAAAACCAGAUUUUGUUCCAGAAGGUCAACCUUACGCCUGUUACACCAGCUUCCAGCCACCAGACAGGUGCUUCACCUGAACAAAGAGAGGGAGUUAAGGCUUCUUCCCCUGAAGGAACUGACGCCCCAAACCUGCCAGCAUCACCAUAUGUCCCCCACACAGCCAUCUUAGUGACAGGUGCCCAGCUCUGUGGGACAGCUGUCAAUUUAGACCAGAUCAAAGACAGUGCUUGUAAGUCUCUGCUGGGUCUGGGAGACGACAGGAAGGCCCAGGGAACACCGCCACUCAAGAGCAAAACUUCACCAGACCGCAAGUCUGGCAAAACCAAAUCCCUCACUGAGGCUGUGCUCUCCACAGAUAAGUCCAGUGCAGCUGUCCUGGCAGAAUGGGCAAGUAUCCGAUCAAAGAUAUUCAAGGGGGUAGAAGACGGGAAGUAUGAUGAUAACCAAGAUGUAAACAAAAAGCAGCCUCAGCCAAGCAGCGAAGACCAGCCUGCGUUCUCCCACACAAACCUCAGGAAGACCAUGUCGGCCAGCGCCAAGUUCUCCAUCACUCCUGCGAAGAAGAAGUUUGGGGAUUCAAACAGGAAUUCUGAGGUGUUCAGCGCAGCAGCAGACGGGAAGGAAGUGGGAGAGGAGACUACUCCAUCUGACAGCCUUACUGCAGUCUCACCGACUGCUGCUACCACUAAACCUCAGAACAGGACAAGUAAAACUGUUCGCAUUGUAGAGAGAGGGUCAGAGGAAUGUAUGUUUGCCAAAGACCUCCCCUCCUUUUUGGUACCAAGCCCCGGAGCCAAAUUUGAUGGGGCAGAACUGAAGAGCAGAGCUCAGAAUGUGACAUCAGAGGCAUCAGAAAGUAGAGAGGAUGGAGAGGUGCCGGGCCCAGAUGGUGAGGAUACGCCCUCACCUUUUGGCAUAAAACUAAGGAGGACUAACUACUCUCUGCGUUUUCACAGUGAACAGUCCACUGAGAAAAGGAAGAAACGCUACAGUGACGGGGACAGCUUUGAUGGCGUCCCUUCACCUCUCACCCCCGUUGAUCCAGACUUUGAUACUUCCUCUACUUCCUCCGUCUUCUCUGACAAAUCAAGUCCUGGUUCACCACAGAAAGUAGGUGCAGUCGGCAAGUACUUGCAUGCAUCUGCCUCUCCUGGUGGCCCUCGGGCUAAACUGGGAAAGUCUCCAAGCCCCACCUUGCACAGCGAAGUUGAGAAAGUGGUUUCAAAACCACCGCUCUACCGACGACCCACCGCGUCACCCAAACCUGCGGGAUCAGUCCCAACACCUCCUCCAUCUCCGCUUCCUAAAGUAGCUCAUGGGCCGUCCAGUGAUGCCGUGGUCCAGAGAACAGGGUGUGGAGAUUCAUCCAGCCAGGAGCAGACGCGCCGGAGCGAGGAAACUUCAGCAGUAGCCCACCUGCACCAGACCAGCCAAGUCCAGAUCCAAGGAGAAGGAGAGGAGCCGAAGGAGAAGAGGUCAUUCUUCCCCUCCAUUAACAUUCCCUGGAGAGAGAAGGUGGACAGAAAGACAGAGCUCAUCAAGAAAGAUAAACCAUCCCUACAGAGCAGACACUCACUGGACAGUGCAAAGGUCCACGAUAAGGAGUCUGGACCCUUAUGGAUCACCCUGGCUUUGCAGAAGCAGAAGGGCUUCAGGGAGCAGCAGCAGAAUCGAGAUGAUCGUCGUUGUCAAAGAGAGGCCAAGCUGGCCGAAAAACAAACGAGAGACAGCGUCACACUGGUGAGUCCCACAGAGAGCAAAGGCAGUGGAAGCAUCAGUCCCUCCAAACCUCAGACACCAGAGGAGCCCAAGAGACCCGACAGCCUCCUGGGACGACUGGAGCGCAAAGAACAACUGAAAAAAGCCAACACUUUGCCCAGCUCUGUCACUGUUGAGAUUGCAGACUCUACACCAUCGCCACCUGCUGUCAAGGAGGUGUCAAAGCGCUUCCCCUCCAGCGACUCCGGGCAGGUGUCCACAGAGCCUGCCUGGCUGGCUCUGGCCAAAAGAAAGGCCAAAGCCUGGAGUGAUUGUCCUCAGAUCAUUAAAUAACACCGUGACCAAGCUUCACACUGGGCUCUUGCCUGGAUCGAGACUGUACGAUGUCCACAGACGGACAAUGAAGCACCGGGAGAGUCAGCAUUGACUUCUCCUCUCCUCUCCAGAUUACUUCUAUCACCACCAAAACAUACCUGACCUGAAGUAAAAGCCCUCCGUCACCUGUUCACCACACACAAACUGGCUGGUACUCCCAUGAUGCUCAAGUGCGCUUCACAUUGAAAUAAUCCAGUGCUUCUGCACAGAUAUAUUUAAACAGCUGUUGCGAGCAUGCGCAUAUUGUAUACAACCAUGACUGGCUGUUGCGAUAGCCAACUCCAAUUUCUUUUUAUUUUUUUUUAUUUUUGUAGGCAACUGUGUCACCGUGGUUGUAAAUACAUCAUGCACUAAACACAAGAGAGAUGGAGCUCUCACACACGACGGUGUUUAAUCUACAGAGGGAAACUGUAGGAAUCGUGUUUUAAGGGCUACCAGUAAUAAUAAUAGUAACAACUCAACAUGAUCUUGCUUGUGGGAAGCUGAUGAAGUGUUACAGACACUUGUUGGUAAUAUGUAUGUAAAGCCUGAGCCUGUUUGUCAUGUACAAAGAAAGCCUUCUUUCUUUCUUCUUUUUUUUUUUUUUACUCGUACUGGGAACCUAAGCGUUAACAAUUCUCACUGUGUCCGUGAUUACUGUGACCGCCGUCGAAGAAGCUAUUGUACAAAUUUUAGGCCAUUAUAGAGUGAACAAAAUGUCAUAAUCACAUGGUGGGUGCACCUAAACACAGCACUGAAGACCACAAGUGUUACUGGGCAUUUUUAGUGAGUUGCACACUUCCCUCACAGCCGUGUCAUCAUGCAGUACCUUGGAUUUGUUUGCUUAGCUAAUGGACAUAAGACACAACACCUGCUUGCUGUAACAUAUGAUUCUUGUAGCUGUCCUCCUGUGACACUCCUGUUUGUAGGCUUGAUGCCACCACUUCCUUGUAAAUGUGAUAUGACCUUACAUGAUGUAAAAAUGGCCUAUAUGAUUACAAAAAAAAAAGACCUCCAGCAUUAUUCUCAUGUCCUGCCACUCACUAAUGAUCUGUACAUGUCUGUAAGUAUGUACUGUAUGUUCAAUCAAAGGCGUUACCUGAGCUUCGGUCAGAGAGAGAACCCCCACGGCUGAGUCACUUUUGUUAUUUUGUUUCUAACUUUGGCCGUGCACAAUAGUGUAGUGUACGCAGUGUUAUAUGUCACAAAAAACGUUUGGUAUUAUUUGCACUUUUUUGUCCCACUUAGAGGUAUUCAUGAAAAUUAUUAAAGAAACACAAAAUGUUAUGAAUAAUGUAAAGUAAAUACUGAUGUCUGAACCGCA